GCCCAGUAGGGCGGGAAUUGCGCGUCCCGGUAUGCACCGUGCUCCGUGGCGAGACGGGCCUAUAAUGUGGCCCUCACGGUUCGGGUUCGUUUGUUUCAGAAGCUCGUUAAAGUUCGUUGUGUUAGGUGCGCGAAUCUCGCGGUUGUUCUGGAGCAGCACGACGUGCCUCAGACCGUAAGGUCCCGCCUACCGUGCAGUGAGUCGUUCACAGCUGCAGAAGGGAAAUCCCAACGACGUGAGUGAUUUUAUUUCAAAGCACAUGCCCUGGCCUAGCCCAUGCUUGCACCCAAGAGGCAGCGAGGAGAGAAGCACCAACCACAGCCUCAUCACUCCCACACGCCCAUGAGUUGCCUUCUUUCUGCUUAAUGAGUGACUACAGAACAGGCACAAAAGGCACUUGGCCUUCCCAAGUUCACAGCAGAUCCUUUAGGAAGGAUGGCUAACGCUGAGCAGUACUGAGCAGCAGCAAGUGUACAACUGGGACUGAAAUAACUCUGCUCAUGCCAGAAGAGAGCAAAGCUGUAACAUACACAGUUUGAGAACUUUUGACGUGGGAAAAGCUAUGCUUUUAUAAUUCUAAACGAAACAUACAUAAAACGGCAUUUUCAACACUAGUGGUGGUUAGUCCAGGCCAUCUGCCAAUGGGAGCAUGAUGAAGAAAACCACAAAUAAGCUGGAGGAUGUGAAACAACAACACAACAUUUAUAUUCUAUUACUGUUGAAAAACAGGGACAGAAAGUAUAGAGAAACUGUCUUUGGCAUUUGCUUCCUUUAAACAAAAAGUUACUUACCUUAACUUUUGCUUAUAAAUGCACUUUUCAUCUGCUGGGGGAAACACUGCUCAGAGAGGGCCCCCAAAAAAUCCAAUUCAGUGGUUUUCGCUUUAUUCCUUCACCCAUGAGGUUGGGGUAACUCUCACCACCCCGGUCAGCCCAGUUGGAAGCCAGUGUGCACCCUCCUUCAUGUAACCCAGUUCAGAGAGAACGAACAAGCAUUAGAUUUAAGCUGCCCCAUUUCCGCAUUUGCUCUACGCAGAGCUCAGGGCAGAGAGCCAAUGCUGUCUUUGUGUGUACAAAAAUAACUGAGCCCUGACUUUUCCUCUUAGAUCCUGGCAAGGAAGGUUAGGAAUUCACUCACCUACAGCAAAGUUGUGCCCCUUUAACAGCCCCUCCAGGACUGUGUUUGCCUGUCCUGUGGGACAGGUGAUGCGUGAGAUUUCAUUUCAUUUUCUCAAGACGUGACAUUUUUGUUGGCUCGUGGAAGGGGAAGAUAUCUCAUGCCCCACUACAGAUCUUUGCAUGCAUGAGCACAACCGAGGGCAGACAAAGCCUCUGCGUUCCCAGGAGACCCUGUGAAGUGGGAUGUACUGUGAGGGGGGACAAGACUCCCCGAGAAGUGUCUAUCAUGAAGGAAGAGCGAUCAUUUUGGGAAGAGCAGGUGUUCUGGGCCUCUUCUACAGUGCCUGAAUCAUCUGGGACACAGGCAGAUCCCUGCACUAUGGAACAGGGAAGAAAAAUGGCACUGAGCUCUCAUGUAGUUGCUGCAGUUUGGAAUCUGAUGACCUUCACUGAUCAUGUUCAUCAAAACACACUUUGAAUUAAAUUACAGUAAAUCCAGUGAAGACCCUUUUCAUGCUAAUUGAGUAUGCAUGGACCACUCUGAUUCAAAUUCAGUGUAAAGGCGCUUAAUAGCUCACUUCAUACUCACAUUUUUAAGACACUAUAAAAAAACCUUGAAAACACAACACAAACAUAACUAAGUGUUCUCAGACAAGGGGGUCUCCCAGAAUAAUGCAAAGUAAGUUUAUCUAUGGAGGUGUUUGAGGAAAGGGUGGGUGCAGUACUUAGGGACAAGUUUUAGUGGGCAGCAUUGGUGCUAGGUGAACAGCUGGACUGGAUGAUCUUAAAGGUCUUUUCUAAGCCUACUGAUUCCAUGAUUCUAUGAUUCUAUGAAUGUAAAACAUCAGGAUUUUCUAAGCUACUACAUAAAGCUAAGGAAAUGCCAUCUAGAAAUGUCUUGCUCACUACAGAAGCUGUAACUGCUGAGUGCACAACGCAGACAUCAGAGCAAAGAUCCCAGCUAUGGGCCCUCCACAUGCCCUCCUGACUCAUCACAGUCUUCCUGCUAACCGGGGCAUGAGGCACUGCCUACAGCAGAGAUCAAAGCAGGGCCAGAGCUGGGCAAAUGGGCUGAGAGACAAAAAAGCCACAAAUGGAGCUGCACACUUACUAAUGAAAGCCAGGGCUUUGCAGGCAUCAGGGCAAAAUGACCACAAUGGGAUGGCAAAAAGCUGGUUCUUCCUGAUUUACCGAACUUGAUGAGGGAGAGUCAUGUGUGGAAGGGGGGUCUCUUGUUGGGGUGAGCCAGAUGCAGGGUGAUCCAGUGGCAGCCAGGAAAGAGGAUGGGAGUUUGGACCUUCUCGAGGGGCAGAAACACACAGAGGUCUUACCGCAGCCUUGGUGUGGAGUCUCUCAGUUAACUGAGCUCUUGAGCAAUGUCUUGUCUCUGACCAUUCCCAAAGUGGCUUCUUAAAACUGAAAAACCAACUGACUGACUUCCUUUCAAUGUAUCUGAUAGUUAAAAGAAAACACUCUGGCAAAUGACACUGCAUCUCAAGACAGGUUUUGAUCAGCUGGAGCAGCCAGUGCCCUUUGAAGUGUGCUGUACAUCACUGACUUGGCUGGCUGCAUCUGUCUGCUUCCAUCAAGUGUUCCUGCAAGGGAGCCGUCUGCUGGGAAGGGCAGCAUGGGGGAGAAAUGGAGUUACUGGAUAGCCGCUGAGUUUUCUCAGAGGGGGAACUCAAGAGCACUUCAAGUUUAGAAUACCAUCCAGCUGUGGUAAGCAAAGGACGGGUGAAAGUGCAUUUCUGAGCAAGACUUCUGCAAGAACUGACCUUCCAGCAAUAAAACAGCUUAAUCCUUCAACAGCUCCCAUGGGGCUUGGGUGCUCAUUCAAACUCAGCAAAGGAGGUUCAGGUCCAUGGAGAGCAGGUGCUACUGGCUCUCUUGGGCACUACUGUGGUGGGGAAUUGUCUCUCCACCCCUAGUGUGCAAAAGUGUUCCCACCUGAAUACAGCACUGCUCAGCUCAAGGACCAGAGCACAGAUUUCAGGCUUGGCUUCCAAAGAUUCUGCUCAGGGGAGGAGACUGAGACAAGUAUGGGAGAAGGAGAAACACUGCUGCUGAAAUGCUAUGGCAUUUUGACAAAAGCUAUGCGAGGAGAUUCCAGAAACUUGCUUUAUGGUUUAAAAAGAAAAAAAAAAAAAGCAAGCCCCAUUUCCAUUAGCCUUUUAUUUCCUGCUAAUUAUUCAGUACUCUUUCCAGUUUGGAGCAUGAAGCACCAUGGCCGCUUCAUCUCCUGCCCACCCGGAAUGUGCUGCUGGCUUUGUAGGUUAUCUGGGGUGCGGUGCAGGAGGAAGGGGGAAAAGGAAUGAUGGAAUUUAUUAUUAAUUUUGGAAGGAGAUAUAAAAAGUAAGCAUUAAAGUCUAUCCUAAAUACAAGGAUUCAGCUGACUGAGAGCUCAUCUGCUUCUAUCUCUUGGCUAAUCGUGAAGGCACUUCUGCUGUGUCACUUCAAAGGCUCAGCACAGCUGGGAGGGUUUUCAUCAAAGCUUCUGCAUGUCUGGGGGAGGUUUUCCCCCCCAUGAAUAUACAUCACUGGAGGCUCAUUUUCCCAGCUUUUCCCAUGCCUGUCUCUGAUUGAUCCUCAUUUCAUUCAGAUGAGUUCUUUCUCUCUGGAUGGCUAAAGGGCAAGAGACAGCUCUCUCCAAAGCUUUCCCACUUGCCUGAUGCCUCUCUGAAGCUUUUCCUCCCAUCAGAGUGGGGGAGGGAGGGAGCUGUUCAGACAAGAGAUUGAGCCUUUAAAUUAAAUUCUUGUCAUCUGAGGGCUGGGCCUGAUAGCAGCGGGGGUGGGAAGCAUUUUCUCCCAGUAUCGAGACUCUGGCCAGAUCCUCAUCUGGUGUAAAUGUGUAUCAGUGAACCGACCUCAGCAGUCAUGUGAUCUGAACUAUGAGCCUUAAAACACUGCCCCUCUGUAGCAGCUGGGUGAAAUCAGUCAGCAUCAUCCCCUGUGCUCUGCAGAGUACGUGAGCUCCACAGCCAAGGAACACUUGCUGAAGUUGCUCAAUUCCACAUCUUUUUUCACUGGGGAGGGAGGGCUGGGCAGCCUGGUGGAAUUUCAAACACUCAGCCACCCUCAGCCAGGCUGGGAUUUCACAAUAGCCCAGGCCCUGGGUGCACCCAGCACGUGCAAAGUGCUGGUGGAAACGCGGCCCCUCUCCUAAGCUCAGAAGUAAGCUCUGCCCUCUUGGAAAUUCUGGGCCUGGUGCCAUGCAGUUACAGCACGUCUCCUGGCUGGUGGCCAGGCCAGGAAGCCCAAACCUCACCUUGGCUUUUCCACCCUCUACUCUCUCACUGUUUAUUCCCUGGGGCCAAAAUGACCCCAGAAAUCCACAGGUCAAGACAGCGCUGGAGCAACUGGAAGCACUCCCUUAUACCACUGAUAAAGGAACUCAAUUUGAGUGAUACCACAUUGCUGGUGAUGCUUUUUUAAAGAAAUAUUACUAAUGUCCUCUGCAGUGACCCAUGAAAAUGAGACAGUCUUAAAGGGCAUCCAUCUGGUCAGUCCUCUCUUGCUCCAGUGACAUCCACAGCAUAUGGGGACAUCCCAAGGGCAGCAGAGCAGCACGGUGAGCAUGGACCAUCCACCAGCAAGUGUUAUGAGCAGAGCCUGCCUGUGUCCUUACAAAAGGAAACAUCCUCUCUUAGCUCAGAGUCCUGCCAGCCUGGAGCUCUCUGACAGGGGGAUCCAACAAAGUCCCUAAGGACAUGUCACCCUCCUGGGGACUCUUCCAACACCGCAAUGUCUGUUGGCACCUCCAAAUCCUGUCCAUCACAUUCAGUUCCAGACUGCUAUCCUCCCCUUCACAGUAAGAACCCCUCUGGAGAGCCAUACAGAGCCCACUCAGUUGUGCUGCUCCUGCAUGGGACUGGGACGUUUCUUCCCCCAGACCAUGAUGGGAUUUUCUCGCAUCCAUCCCCUGAAUGGUUAAUUGGAUCUUGAAUAGUUUCUCACUUCUUUCACUGGGAUGUGUGGUUGCAUCUACUUUGACACAAGCCCUUUUCUAAACUGCAAGUUGGCAACAAUAAAAAGGAGAAGUCUUUAAUUAGUUAUCUGGCUAAUUAACUUUUACAGCAGCAUAUCGCUUUGGCAUCCAAAUACUACAAUGCAAAACACUGCAAGCAUUCAAACAAAUGCUGCCCUCCCUGCCAGGAAGUGCAGCUGCCGCCACGAGUGGCUGCAGGAGAACAGCAUCUCGCUGCCUCAGCCAGAGAGCAUGGAAAUCCACCUCUGGGCACCCUACACACCCCCUUCUGCAGCUAACUCACCUAAUGAUGAUGUCCACAUUAAAGACACCGUACAUACACAGCUUCCCAAUGUCACGUGCUCCCUUCCCAGCACGUGCAUUCAUUUCACCAUUGAGUGAAAUCCACCGAAGACAAAAUGUGUUUCCUGCUUCAAAGGGGAUUGUAGAGAUCCCUGCAUCCCCUGUCCUGAAAGGGGAAGAAGAGCCUCAUAACAAGGGCCAAUGCACUGCAUCCUGCAGUCCUGGGCCCACAGAGAAACCCCCAAAUCAGGCAGGGUGGCAUGGCACACAGUACAGAGAUGCUCUCAAGGGACAAGCUCUGAAGCCUGUGGAAUGACCCCUGAGAGCACAGUUUGGUUCAGAGAGUACAGCAGACAGACAUUGCUAGAAAUAAGUCUCUCUCUCUGUUGGAACAUGCAGGGUCCCCACUUUUCCCACGCUGAUCGGUGAGAGGUGGGGGUUUCGGGAGGCACGGUGCCCCCAGGAGGUUCCCGUGUUGUUGUAUCUGCACUGCGGGCUAGCAAACGUUUGACUCUGUGUGCAUUGGAGUUUCGCCAUUACUGCAAGUCCAGGCAAGCGCCCUGACUGCUUUCAGUGUGAAUAAAAAGGUGCUGUAAAGGGGAGGGGACAGAUUUCAAGAAACAUGAGAAAAGCAGCAUAAAACCCUACAGUGACUUGAGUCCACUGCCUGAGCAGUGCCAUCCCACACUGCUGCCCUGCUGCUUGGGGGGGUGGAGGCCCACAAAGACAGGACAGGUCCAUGAUUUCAGGCUGGUACCCAAAAUAAGUAUGCUCUGUUGCAGUUCAGACUUUACCUGAGAUCCAUAUAACUAAAGCAUUUAAUUCACUUGUGGUAGAAAACCAGCUGGCAGGUCUGAGGCCUUUGCUUGUGAAGCAAGUGGUUGCCUUUCCAGUGAUGCAGCCAGCUGCCUGGGAAGUGUAGCGAUGCGAACUUCAGCAAGGCAGCGGUGCGUUUGCACAUCCCCAAGGCUGCAUGCAGAAAGCAGGUCACAGGGAGGGUGAAAAUGAAGUCAGUUCGGAGCCACAGCGUGAGCAACCAUUCCUGCAAUGGGGGCAAGGCCCUCCCAACAUCCUUUAGACAUGCACACAGGAGACUCUUUUUGUUAUUUGUUUGCUGUGAACAAAUAAACAAACCCUCUGGAGGGAAUGAGCUCAUCCCAUGAGAGCAAGGUUUUUGCCUUACUCAGCAGCAGCUUCUACUGAGAAAAAAAAUCUCUGCAGAUUUGCACCUGUUACAUGAUGAAGCAGCCAGGGACAGGGCAGGUAGGAUGGUCCACACCACUGCCAAGGGGCAAGAGAUGAAGGGAAGGUCUUUCCCUUUGGUACAGACAUGCAUCAUACCUGCCCUCCUGAAAAGAGAGGAAGACCUGAACCUGGAAGUGACAGGGAUGCCUGUAAAGCCCCCUGCUCCCACAUCAGCACUGCACAUCCCUCUGAGCUCUGGUCAGGGCAGCUCUCUACCCGCACACAGCAGCACCCAUUCCACCUGACUGCAGCCUUAGUGGUAAUGAGGUCAGCAAGGGAGGAGGGUCUGCUGACUGGUAACACUGCUUGUGCAGGUAUGAAACAGCUGUGAAAUGCUGCACUCUCUUGGGAAGCUCCUGAGGCUUUACCCAAGCACCCUUAUUACCUAUCAAAGCACAGUGGCCUAAUGAACCUGUGACACAAAUCCAGUAUUUAACACUCUGUUGGGACUAACAGGGUCCAGGUGUCUUUAUGGGAUUACUGUACUCUCCUUACCAUGCAGAAGCAGACUUUGAGGUGCAUACGUUCUUUAAUUGCGAGCCUUAUACCUGGAACUGCAUCAGCUAUAGCUGCUGUGUGUGCUUUGGAGACCCUGAGUUCCUUGAAAAAUCCCAAGCCAGAAAUAAAAAUAUAGAAUGUGAAAUGAUUCAUAGCAUUUGUAUGGGAAAUAGGUCGUUUCCUUUUGUUUUUCAUUUUAAAUAUUUCCAGGCUUGGUUUAAAUACCAAACCAAGUCUGUUCUCUUCUUUUUCUCUUGGUGACAGGUGGCUGAGAUGCCUGUCCGGGUCAAGGGGACACUGCUGUAUUUUACUUGGCAUCACUAAGCUCUGCUUUUAAUCUUCUCAUUAACAAUAGCAAUUUGUUCUUUUUCAGCACAAAGAGGAAAAUAUUUUCCCCACCAGCUCAGGCUGCUCAGGGCCCCAUCCAACUUGGCCCUGAAUGCCUCAAGGGAUGGGACAUCCACAUCCUCUCUUGGCAGCAGUGCCAGCACCUCAUCGCUCUCUGAGUAAAUAAUUUCUUCCUAACAUCUGACUGAAAUCUCCCCUCUUUUAGUUUAAAGCCAUUCCCACUUGUCCUGUCACUAUCAGACUGUGUAAGAAGUUGGUCCCCCAUUAUAGUCUCCCUGCUGACACUGGAAAGCCACAGUGAGGUCUCCCUGCAGCCUUCUCUUCUCCAAGCUGAACAGGCCCAUCUCCCUCAGCCUUUCUUCAUAGGAGAGGUGCUCCUGCCCUCAUAUCUUCAUCACAGCCCUCUUCUGGACCUGCUCCAACAUUUCUGCAUUCCUCCUGUGCUGGGAGCCCCAGGUGUGGACAAAGAACCAAGCAGAAACCAUCUUCUCCUUCCUGCAAAUUGUGGUAAAGUGAAAUGUUCUUUAACUUUGUUAUGGAUCAUUAUGGUUUGGUUCCCCAUGGUGCCACUCAGACCAGAGAUGCCCAAUUAUGUGUUGCUAACACGUGGGCUUUUUCUCACCUGGAUCUCGGCACGCAGCGCACACAGCUCUGCCAGGACCAGUGCGUGGGUGGGGCAGGAGCAGGAAGGAGUGGGAUGACAGCACUUUCUGCCGGCCAGUCCCCUCAGCGGUUUGACAAAGCCACAUCACAGCAUGCAGUGACCGCCCCGCAGCACACUUCCUGCAGUGCCCCUCCUCAGGAAGGGAUCGGGGAGGAACGGUGACUCAGGGGAGGUGGUGGUUUGCCCUCGUGGUCUGAAUCAUGUAGCACGCGGACAGGCGAGAGACGGCAAAACAGUGUUCCCCAGCUGUCAGCAGUAUGCAGAAGCCCAGGUACAGUGCACUGAGGAUGGACAACUCCUGUCCGAAAGCACGGACGUGACUGAGUAACCAGUUGGGGAAUGCGGGAUUUGCGCAGUGAUGGAUGCACCGAUGCACCACUAAGCCCAGACCCUGCAGCAGCCACAUGGUCGCUAUAUGCUAACCGCCACGUUCCCAGCAGCGCACUGACGGCUGCAGCAGUGUUCUGCCUCGCACAUCCUUGUAGCUGCUGACUCUGCGUACCGUGCACGUAAGGCGGAGGGGAUCGACGCCCGGUGGGACGGGACAGCCAAUCGCACUACAUAAAGAUAGCGAACCGCACUGCGUGCGGCGCGCACACGGCGCCAGGCCGGAGCCCGUACCAGAGAUCAGCUCUGUUACAGUGGAGGGCGUUGUGCCACAAUCUUUGCAGCGUUUCUGCUUUCAUCCCAAGCAGUCUCACCGCUGCUCCCUCUUCAGUUUGAUGAGUCGUGCCACGUUUGGGCUGCACAAGGAAGUGAAGCUGUACACAUGCGUGUCAGUAAUUAACCACAUAUUCCUCCACCAUCCAUACAACUUGGUACAGGAAAACAAUACAAUGAAAAGGUAGCAAGGAAAGAAAUAAAUUACAUGUGGAAAAGUUCUGCUUCAGCAUGUCUGCAUGGAGAAUCAGAGUGCUGGCAACUCUGUGCUUCCUGUGGCAGCCCAGAGUUCAUGGUCAACUUCCUCCUCCUCAGAAUGUUACAUUACUGUCAAAGGAUUUUGAUAUGAUUUUGACAUGGACUCCAGGAGAAGGAUCUCCACCAGAUGUGUUGUACACUGUGAGGUAUGAAAGCAAAACACGUAUGGACAAAUGGAUAAAGGUUCCCCAUUGCAGAAAUAUUCACAGUGUCUCUUGCAACCUGACGUGUGUGAUUCCAAACUUCUUCAUUAAAUUCCGGGCUCAAGUGAAAGCGACUUCUGGACGAUUCCAUUCACCAUGGGUAAAAUCACAGUUCAAGGAAUACCACUUAGAUGUGGAACUGGCUCCCCCACUGCUAAACGUGAAUGUAAAGGAGAACGUAAUCCAUGUGAAUGCCACUUUUCCUAUGGCCAUCUGUGUGGAGAGUUUACCUUGGAUGUAUGACUUCAACCUUUGGGAAGCCGGAUCUGAAGACAAGAAGCAAUACAAAAGUAUCUUUAGGAAGAAGGCAGUGACUAUCGACACCACUGCACUCAGAGGCAAUUACUGCUUCAAUGCCAGAUCCUCCAUCCAAAGCAUUGACUUCAAGCACAGCAAAUUCUCCCAGCCAGUGUGCAUGCAGUUAAACUACGAAGGGGAAUGGAAGUUCCCCUUUUCUGCCACGAUCCCCGUCUUUGUCCUCCUCAUCCUUCUGACAAGUGCCUCCAUCAUCUGGCUGCUGAAACAAGAUGCAAAACAUAAGAAGAUGCCUCAAACUCUGGAUUUAUCUAAUUGUAAAAUUGCUGGACCAACUUUUUGCUGUGAGCUCAGAGAAAAUGAAUUCCUCACAGACUGUCUUAUCUGCACAGAUAAGCCAAUGUCACAAGGGAAGAAAAACAAAACUUUAGCACAAAACAACCAGAUGUGGAUGGCUUCCUUCCUACCAUCAUCAUCAUCAGAAGAGGAGGAGGAGGAAGAGGAAGAAGACAGUAGUAGUUUCAUCCCAUACACUGAAAUGCUUCAGUUUCCAAGGAAACACUUCAACUUUCAAACACCCAGAACAGCUGACGCAGAAACUAUCUUGGACUCCACAUCUGGAGUUCUCUCUGUGGUUGGUGGAUCCACACUUGACUUAAGUGCCUUGGGUUUCUCUUUCUUUCCCAUAAGAAAGAAUGAGAUGGACACCUCAGGAUCCCAAGGAAAUGAAAAGGCAUCACAUUCUCACAGUUCCUCUUUGGGAAGAAUAUCUCUCACUGAUGUGAGAUUCCCAGGUCCCAGGGAACACGGACAGCAUGGUACAGACAGCAACGACUGCCUGGAAGUGAGUCUUCUUCACACACUAAUGAACAGCAGUUGCACCAGGCUUCCAGCUGAUGAACACUGCCUGUAUAAGAAAGAUCAUGAUUUUACCAUAUGUUACCAGAAGCCAACACUUGAUCAGCCUGUCCAGGUCAGUGAGAACCCACUGCUCAACGAGGAUCCCAGCAUGGAGAAAUUCAUUUACCUUCAGACAUUACAGGUGGCAGAAGAUGAAGGUUUUGCAAGUGACUGUGACAGUGGUAAUUUUACAGAAGGGACGCCUCCUGCAUCCACAGUGCUAAGUGAUGAACUUAGAAUUUCAGAUAUGGAGAAAAGAUAUGAUAAAAAGUUUAAAUUCAAAGGCUAUCAGCACUCACAUUACAUGAGAAGGAGCUAGAGUGUACCCUUGCAGUUCUGUGGCAUGCUGGGAAGAUGCUAGAGAGCUCUAGAAAUCCAGGCAAGGAUACGUGAACAAGAACAAGGACAAGUAAUAGAUAGUGCUGUGGGUUGUCUGUGUUUCUUUUUUGAUUAUUUUUUUUUAAUUUAUUAGAUAGAGAUACUAGAUGAGAGGUUUUUUUUCUACUGAUGUCUGGUUCAUCAAAGAUACGGCUUUGGGACACAAAAGGUGUAUUUUUACUGCUAGAUAAUCAAUGUACAUUAACUUUGCCUCUGUAGGAAUACAGCUGUGACAGUCAUUAAAACUAUGAUAUGGGACACCAUCUGAAGCCAGCAGGGGUGAGGCAUGCAGUGAUACCUCCUAUAGGUAUCACACUGCAAACACUCAGUGCCUUGUGUUCUCUUGAGAUUUGCCAUCAACCUACAGAGAUCGCCUUCUGUGUUUCACUGGAGUGAACCGAAGUCAAAGUGAGAAAUGUGUAGCAUGUUUAUUUAUUUAAUUUGCUUUUUAUACAAAUAUGCUUAUUGCUUAUUGUUUUCCACUGCUGUGCAGGAUGUCUGAGAGAUGCUGUAUGCAGAAGUAAAAUAUUUUCAUAGAUAAA